AUGGCCCCUCCCUUCCCCGCCCUUGUGGCGCCAAGAGCGGUCGCGGCGGGAGCGCUUCUGCUGGCUCUCGGACGGGCUCGGGCGCGCUCGCAAGUGCCGGGCGCUGCUGCGGAGACUGCAGCGGCGGCGGCGGCGGCCGUGGUGGUUGUGGCGACAUGUGAGCGGAGUUUUUUCGCGCGCCAACGCCGAGCGAUGUACUCCGGGAAUAGCAGCCGCAGCCUGCAGCCGACGCCGGGGGAGCAGGACUCGGAGCAGCAGCCGGUGCAACCUUCGGAUCCGGCGGCGGAGCCGCCGUUCAGCGCCAGCACCUACGAGCUGCUGGCGCUGCUGCUGGCCACCAUCGGCAUCCUGGGCUUGUGCAACAACCUGCUGGUGCUGGUGCUGUACGCCAAGUUCAAGCGGCUCCGCACGCCCACCCACCUCUUCCUGGUCAACAUCAGCCUCAGCGACCUGCUCGUGUCGCUCUUCGGCGUCUGCUUCACCUUCCUCUCCUGCCUGCGGAACCGCUGGGUGUGGGACGCCGCCGGCUGCGUGUGGGACGGCUUCAGCAACAGCCUCUUCGGAAUCGUUUCCAUUAUUACUCUCACUGUCCUGGCCUACGAACGCUACCUUAGAGUAGUCCAUGCAAGAGUGAUUGAUUUCGCGUGGUCUUGGAGGGCGGUCACAUACAUCUGGCUCUAUUCCUUAGCUUGGACAGGAGCACCUCUCCUAGGCUGGAAUCACUACACUCUAGAAAUCCAUGGAUUAGGUUGUUCAGUGGACUGGAGGUCAAAGGAGCCCAGUGAUACUUCCUUUGUCCUCUUCUUCUUUCUUGGCUGUCUUGUCACACCAAUUGGGAUCAUGGCUUACUGCUAUGGACAUAUUCUUUAUGCGAUACGAAUGCUUCGUUGCGUUGGAGAUUUGCACACUGUCCAAGUGAUCAAGAUCUUAAGAUACGAAAAGAAAGUAGCUAAAAUGUGUUUUUUAAUGAUGACCACCUUUCUUAUCUGUUGGAUGCCUUAUGCAGUGGUCUCGCUCCUAGUAGCCUAUGGGUAUGGCCACCUUAUAACUCCAACAGUGGCUAUUAUUCCAUCUUUAUUUGCCAAGUCAAGCACUGCCUACAAUCCAGUUAUCUAUAUCUUCAUGAGCAGAAAGUUUCGGCGAUGCCUCAUGCAGCUCUUCUGUGUUCGCCUCCUGAGGUUCCAGAGGCGCUUGAAAGAAAAGCCAGCAGUAGGGGACGAGAAACCAAUAAGGCCCAUUGUUGUGUCCCAGAAGGCAGGCGACAGGCCAAAGAAGAAAGUGACUUUCAGCUCUUCCUCAAUCAUUUUUAUUAUUACCAGCGACGACACACAGCGGAUAGACAACAGCACGAAAUACACGGGCACAAAAAUAAAUGUCAUCCAAGUGAAGCCAAUAUAGUGGCUCCUGGGAAUCGAGCGGACUUCUGCUAACCAAACUGUUUUUAGGUUUAAAGACUAUUUUUGUGGCACAAUUAGGAGGAGCAAGCACCGUCUUUCAGAAGCAAGAUAUGGAAGUAAUUCAGACUGCAAUCCUUCACUUGUGUACUUCAUAGUAAGUCCCAUUGAAAUAACCGGGGACUACGUCUGAGAAGAAAAGUGUAAGAUAGCCCUGCUAUCCGCCACCCUCAAGCACUAUGUAACAUGUUAAUUGUUGUCGCAGUACUGAAACAAUGACACGUGGCGGAUGGGCGGGUUUUUAUUUUAUUUUACUUAAAAUAUUUAUUUUUCCAUAUCAUGUCUUAAAUCACCUACCUACCUAUCUCUUGCUGCACUGUACACGAACCAGGGAAAUAAAGGAGCUUCUA